CACCGACCGUCCCUCAGCAUGCCCGUCAGGGAGAGGAUCCACUGGCAGCAGGUGCUCGCCGCCACCAUUGCUAACCUGAGCACACUAUGUGUCGGCUGCGCCAUGGGUUGGACUGCGCCCGUGCUGCCGGUACUGCAGAGGCUGUCGGAGCAGCCGGAGGGCGGUUUCUACGAGGGAGACCCCCUUUCCACGGAGGAGGGCGCCUGGAUAGGGGCGCUGCUGCCGCUGGGUGCGCUCGUCGGCUCGGUGCCCGCCGGCUUCCUCACGCACCGCUACGGCCGCAAGCUGCCGCUGGUCGCUUUCGGGGCGCUGCUCUUCAUCAGCUGGAUCCUCCUGCUCUUCCACGAAUGGGUGAGCCUCCUGAUGGUGGGUCGCUUCAUCAGCGGCCUGGCGUCAGCUGGAGUGACGGCCAUCGCGCCGCUGUACGCAGAGGAGGUGGCGGCUCCGGGCAUCCGCGGGGCGCUGGGCACGCUGCUCGACCUGAUGCUGGCCGCCGGGCUGCUCGUGGUGUACGGGCUGGGCAUCGUGGUGCCGGUGCGCUGGCUCACCGCGAGCAUGGCCGUGCUGCCGCUCUGCUUCUGCGUCACCUUCCUCAUGAUGCCCGAGUCGCCCGAGUACCUGCGCGGCCGCGGGCAGCUCAAGCGCGCCAGGCUGGCCGAGCUGUGGCUCCAGCUGGAGCUGGCGCCCACCGAGCUGGUCUUGCUCAAGCAGAAGGAGAAGGAGAAGGAGAAGGAGAAGCUGGCCCAGCCACUGUGCGCUGACCAGCUGCCGAGUGAGAAAGACGUGGAGGGCGCCGUUCGCACCAAGACGCCCACUCUCAGGGCGUGCGUCAUAGUCUUCACGCUGAUGGCCUUCCAGCAGCUCAGUGGCGUCGAUGCCAUACUGUUCUACACCAUCGACAUAUUCCAGGAGGCCGGUACGUCGAUCUCUCCACAACUGUCCACAGUGAUUACUGGCGCCAUCCAGUUCGUAGCCACUGCGUUCUCGUCCGUGCUGGUGGAGAACGCAGGUCGGCGCCCGCUGCUGAUCGCCUCUGGGCUGCUGAUGACGUUCUCGCACGCGGCGUUCGCCCUCCACCAAGGUUCGCCGUGGCUGCACGCUGAGGCCGGCUGGAUCCCGCUGGUCGCCAUCAACCUCUUCCUGAUCGGAUUCGCCAUCGGCCUGGGCCCGCUGGCGUGGCUCCUGAUCGCCGAGCUGCUGCCGCCGGCGGACAAGCGCUGGGCCGUCGGCGUCGCCACCUCCAUCAACUGGCUCACCUGCGCCGUCAUGACCGGCUUCUUCGAGGAGUUCGUCAACCACUUCAGCACCACCGUGGCGUACUCGGUGCUCGCCUUCGUCUGUCUGGCGUACACAAUCUUUGUGGUGCUGCUCGUUCCAGAGACCAGCGGCCUCACCGGCGAUGAGAUACAGAAUAAAAUGCUGGAGAAGGGGCCCAUGGUCGUGUGCGCUUCUGCCGACGACGAGACCCGAGCUGACGACGUCGCCGACGGCGACGCCGUCAUUUAACGGUGCGCGUCCGUCGUCCCGACGAGUGACCGCUACGGGCGUUUGGAACCGGAUUGAAGAGUCAACUAGAGCUCCAUGCGGGACGACACAAACCAGACCCCUGCUGUCUGUCCGUGACUGGCAGGACACUUGUCGCUACAAAGCGCACAAUGUUAUGCCGGAAAUCAAGAGCUACUCGUUUAAAUGUGGAAUUUAUUGAUAGCUCGAGGCUAGGGUCGUCAGUUACGCAGUAACCACUGUGAGCAUUAAAAUAACUGGUUUUGUCGGACAGAACGCGUGCAUCUGUUCUUCCAUUCUACACACGAAACCUUGGCUCUGUAAUGGAUAUAUGCAUACUGUUAACAUCUUAUAUGAAGUUCGAACUGUCUUCUACCAGUAUUCCACAAAUUUUCCACGAGACCUAAGACUCAAUCUUUGUUUUAGUUCCACUGUUUCGACGAAAAUAAUUCCACGUUAACCAUUAAGCUAGCUUGAAACGAGAUGCUGACAGCAGUUCACGUGAACACCGAGUAAUAGAAUAAGCAAUUGUCCUACAUUUUAACCGCGAUGGCAUUAAACGUUGAGAGGAAUGUGUGGAAGAGCUUUUAACGACGCAGAAACGAACUUCAGCAGGUAGCUUUGGUAACCGUACUCCUCAGAACAUCUAUCUUCAGGGGCCUAACGAAUCUUCAGCUUCCUUUCUUUCUCCUCUUUUUCUUCUUCAUUUUCUCAACCAGAGCUGUCGAAAUUUUGAUGAAGAAAACUGGUUGAGGAUUUUUUGACUGUAGGAAAAAAACGUUGUCGUGUUAAAAGCCGCAAUUGUGAAACAUCCACUAUAGGUCUCUAUGUUAAAGGAAAGUAGAGUUGAAAAUAACAGAAGACGUACCUGUAAACGUAUGGAAUCGUAAUCUCAUUUGCUGUAGUAAAUUUGAGGAUCAACAAUGAACUCUAUGAAGCCUGCACAUCACACACUACAAUUGUAGAGAGAUACUGAACGGAGUUUUCGCAAGAUGAAACCUCGAACAAACAUAAGUAAAAGAAGCCAUUGUGAACGAAGUUAGAACGUACAACAAUCUUUACUAACUCAGUUAGUUUGUACAUAAAAUUGUUUGAU